CAGUUCCCUUAUUUUUUACUUACUAGCAGACCACAAACUAAAUCAAGUGGUCUUAACUUGACAUGUAACUUAGCAUCUUCUUUGUUGUUCACCUUUAAACUUGACAUGUAACUUAGCAGAUUCCUUUUUUUGAUCUUCCAAAUUUGCUUCUAUACAACAUGCACUUCGGUCUUCAACGUAUGGCCCAUCCCAACAUUUUUCAAGUUUAUUCAUUGUUUGGUUGUUUUGGGUUUAUCGUCUUCCUUUUCUAACAUUUUAUUUUUCACGUUUACCGACAGUAAGUUUAGUUCAUUGCAGAGGAGUUGGGGUCACGUGGCUAAUUCCCGCUGGGUACUUUGGAUGAAUAUUUUUAGUUCUUACCAUUUAAAGCAGUUACAGCGCCAGUGGAGUUAAAAUGCCAUUUGUAUAACACAAACGCGCUCAAGGCAUCUCAUGUCUCCACGUCUCCAUCUAUGUGACAUGGUAGUCUACUCCUUAACCCAAAAAAGCCGGUCCAACCAAAUUCAUCCCUUUAAAUCAGCACCAAACUGGAUUGACUGUACCUGACCGAACCUCGUCUUCUGUAAAUUAGCAUUAAACAAUUCUCACACUUCCCAUCAUCUCUAACAACCGAGGCACCGUCCGCAUAACUCAUUGUAUAAGAAGCGAGGAGAAACAGAGACAGUCCUCUCACUUUCACAAUUUCUUUUUCCUUCAAUUUAUAAGCAACGACAACAAAAUAAAACUCAAAUUUUCAAGAGAGAGAGAGUUAAUGGCGUUAGCGAAUAACUUAACGGCCAUACUGAACUUACUAGCGCUACUCUGUUCCAUACCGAUAACGGCGUCAGGAAUAUGGCUCGCCUCAAAACCCGACAACGAGUGUGUCAAUCUCCUCCGUUGGCCUGUCGUCGUCCUCGGCGUUCUAAUCCUCGUCGUCUCUGCCUGCGGCUUCAUCGGCGCCUACCAGUUCAAGGAGACUCUGCUUGCUGUGUACUUGUGUUGUAUGGCGAUACUGAUCGGACUUUUGCUGGUGGUUCUUAUCUUUGCUUUCAUCGUGACCCGACCCGACGGGUCUUUUCAAGUUCCGGGUCGAGGUUAUAAAGAGUACAGGCUCGAAGGGUUCUCGAGUUGGCUGAGAGAGAACGUUGUGGAUUCAAAGAGCUGGCGGAAGAUAAGGGCUUGUUUGGCUGAUUCAGACGUUUGUCCUAACCUCAGCCAACAGUUCAUCACCGCUGAUCAGUUCUUCUCUUCCUCUUCCAUCACUCCUCUUCAG